ACGACAUCUAGAGCCAAACAUGCAAUGACAUCUCGAGCCAAAUGGCACUCCUUGUUGGGUCAUCGUGUCCGCUCCCCCCCCCCCCAGAAAAAAAGUGCGAUUCUUUUUUGUAGAUUGUGAGGAAGCACCCGGCGGGGGCCGUUGAUGCAGGAGUUCGCGGGCCCAGAACGCAGUUUGGAGACCCCCCUAGUUCCGUGCCGUUUGGUCGCUUCGUCUUCGCCCAGGCUCGGCGCCGCGGCGUGGGGGCUCGCCGCGGGGGUGGCGCUGCCUGCCCACCCCCGCAGGCGCGGGCUCGAGGCGGCCCUGCGGAGGGCCCACGCGCGGCUCGGGACCUCCGUGCGCGUCGGCGGCAGGGUGUCGUGGCCGAUCCCGCUGUUUUUCAUGAGGUCGCCGAAGAAAGCCGAAACAGAUGGGCCCUACGCUUUCGGAGGUCUGGGACCCCUCCCUGGACACCCCUGCCUGGCGCUGGGCAUCCCUCCCUGGCGCCGCCGAGGCGCAGGUCCAAGAAAUCCGCGCGGAGCUCCGAAAGCUUCCGUUUCUGUGGUGUUUUUGGCUCCCCUUAUGGUCCGGGCCGAUCCUCGGCGUCGGCAGCCGCAUGGCGCUGCACUUCUACGAGCCGAGGUACUGCUGGAUGUGCAAGAGGAUCACCGACGCGGCCAGCCCGCACGAGCCCUUCUUCGGCUUCGUCUCGGCCGAGGGCGCCGGCGGCGCCGCGCCAGGCGACGAAGGGUACCUCUGCCACCUGGGCGCCUGGGGGGAGUCUCCUCGCGGGACCUUCGACACUGCGGUGAGGUCGAUCGCCCGGUUCACGCUGCUGGAGGUCUGGUGCGAGGACGUCCCCGGCGCGCCGUCUGCACCCCCUCUCAGCGUGGGCUACGUGCUUACGGACCCCGACUGCGAGCUGCACGCGCAUUUCCAGCCCUCUGCUUGAAAAUAGUAAUCGUGUGCCGAUCACAUGGUCCCAUCACCUUCGA